CUUCAAGCCCAAAAGCUGAACCCUUCGGCCUUCUUCUCUUUGGUCAUUCUGCAAUCUCCAUGAUUCCUCGAUGCGAUGCGAUCACACUCUGGUAACGGACAUAGGCGGAUUUCUCAUCGGCGCACUUCACACCCACCACCACCGUCUUCCUUCUUCCCUGAAACGGGCGCCUCCCUCACGACCACCGUUGCCACCGUCUGCGUUCUCAUCGCCGCGGUCGCCACUGCUUCCUUGCGGUGAAAGCACAAAAGGGGAAACAGAGCCGCCGGUUGUAAGAAAGAUUGCUGGAAGAAUACAAAGUGGAACAUCAUCAAAAAGAUUUAAACUUUUAUGCAACAAACACUUGUACUCCACAAACAACAAACAAGCGAGCAUUGAAGCAAACAAUAAUGGAGAUGGAGAAAAAACGAGUGAUGGAUCUUUAACUCACCAUGACUCAUAUCGAGACCUUGAGAAGCUUGAUUUCAUGACUGCUGCCAAGAUUCUCUUCACCACUCCACCUAAACAGAAGAAAUUCGGACUUGAUUUUCAUCUGGUUCAACUCUUCUUCGUUUGCUUACCUUCACUUGCUGUCUAUUUGGUUGCACAAUAUGCACGUCAUGAAAUGAAGAAAAUGGAUGCAGAAUUGGAGAGGAGACAGAUAGAAGAGGCGAAGAAGAUGAAGGAAAAAGAAGGGGAAGUAUUAAAGUCUAAUCCACAGUUAAUGGAGGUGAAAGAGAGACUUGAUAGCUUGGAGAAAACUGUUAAGGAAAUUGUGAUGGAAUCAAAAUUCCAACGAAGUGUAAAAGUUGAAGGUGAAAUACCACAGAAAAAAAUGGAGGAUGAGAAAAAAGAAAGAAAUGGUGGUGAUAAAUGAUAAUAUUAAUAUUAAUCAGAAGGUGGCAUAAGGAGGAGGUAAGGAGUAAAGUUUUAGUUACUGUUGUAAUUAUUUAGAGAGGAGGGUUUUUAUAUUUUACCCUUGUUUCAAGGUGUAACUUUUGUGAGUUGAGACAUUUAGGGAAUUUAUUGGGGAUUUAACGAUUUCAUUAUACAUGAGAUGCAUUAUGUGUUUGGGUUUUGGGGAAUUUGGGAGAAUAUGGAUGUAAUUACCAAGUGUGGUUGUUUUCAUCCGUUAUUUUUAAUUUUGAUGUCGAGUUUUGCUUAUUGCUUUAUUUAUGAUCAAUUAUGUGAAAUUCGUUAAAUUCCGGACACUGGAAUCGAUUUUGAGAAUA